AUGGUCUGGAAGAAGCGCGACGGUUCAGCGAUUAAAGAACUCACUUUUCACAUCCGCAUGACUGAUCAGCAACAUUUUUACGCGCCCGAAACUGGAAUCGGAGACCAGACCAAUCCCUUCAUGCUCACUGCACCAGUUCCAGAGGAAGAGCAGCUUCUGCUAUCCGCCACAAGCACAGGACCCGUCCAUCCUCUGAAUGACACCAUGGCCGAAUCUCUUGUCAACUUGCCCAGCGAACUUCUUGCUCUAAUCAUCCGAGGCGAAUAUCUCACAGUCAACGAUCUCGUAAACCUCCGCCUUAUCUGCAAGCAAACCAAACACUUCGCUUCGAGUGCUCUCGGCCGGCGCCUGUUUGUUGACUUGAAAGUCUGGGACAAACGCAACGCCUUCAACUGGUUUACCAAUCUUCUGCGCUCGGAUUCAGGCACCCAUGUGCAGUCAUUCACCUUGUUCGAAUGGCGACGCAAGUCUGGGAGGACACUACCACCCAAGAAUUACGUACACAGAGAGACUGAGACCAAGCCUGACUACUCUUGCCUACAAGACAUCUCAGUGAUGUACUGCGGAGAUGUAUUGCACGACCCGGUCCGCUCAUGGAAGAAGGCUGUGAGCGCAGCAGUCCAUCUCAAAGCCUUCAGAUUUGUAAACUCUGAUGAGGCUCGUUCAGCUGGGGCGGACUGGCUUGGAGUCUACCCUCACAAAUUUCGCAGUAACGAUGGACUUCUGAGUAGCAUCAGGUCCGAUAGUCUGAGAGUACUUAUGUUGUCUCACGUCCAUGUUUCUGCCGACAAACUCAAGAGCGUACUCGAGAUCCACAAGGAGACGCUCUCCGUUAUCGACAUCAGGUCUUGCAUGCUCGUAGAGGGAAAAUGGCUGGAGAUUCUGGACUGGACUAAAACAAACCUCCCUCGUCUCCAAACCUUGCACCUUGAUGUUCGUUACGAAGCAGUAAGGAAGAAGGAUUGUACUCAACCACUGGACAGCUGGUGUCCGCUUUACGUCGAUUCGUAUCGAGCAAGAAGUCCCUACGCUCUUGUCAGACACAGAGAUCCCCUCCGUCUCCGACUCGAAGGACAACAAAAGAUACUCGAUGGUCUGUCAGAACUCUUGAGCAUACGUGAGCGAGUUCAAGUUCUUUAA